ACAGUCACUUGUCUGAAAUGGAAUAGGUUCUCCUGUUUGAGCAGGGGGCUGGACUAGAAGACCUCCAUGAUCCCUUUCAUCUCUUUUCUAUUUUGUUCUGUUCUGUUCUAAAUAAUCAGUGUGGUCCCAGCAAUCAUAGUCUGUCUGAGCCUCAGAAGGUGACAGCCAUUAGCUGCUCUGAAUUACAAAUCCAAGCAUGCUUUACCACCUGAUUAAUAUUUGGGGAGGUCUGAAGACUGGGGUGUUUGGAAGCAUCACAGAAGAAAGCAAACUCCUUUCAUUCUCUUACCAAUAAAAUCACCUGGACUUGUCCAUGAAGUUAGCAGCAUUUCCAAUGAAUUUAAAGGAGCCUUUCUCUUUAAAUCCUGCAGAAAUAUUUUCAAUCACCUUUUUUCUCCUCCCAAAACAACACUAUCUGAUUCUUAAUUCUAUUUUGGCCAGAUUCACACGUUCAUAAAGUGGCUUGUUUUAAGUUUAACAGACAACCUACGUUAGAUGGUAGGCCGCAAUUCCCGCUCUCCCUGGCGUCCUCCCUCCCCACCACUCAGGUCCUGCCCAGGCCACUCCCAGUUAAUUAGGCCACCUUUAACAUGACAAUGACCCGGGAAGGUCUGUCUGCCGCAAGACGGGCCAUAAAAGUUACCCCAAGGAGGCUGCAGGGUUUCGGUAACUUUUCCAGUGGGAUUCCGCCUUCCACCCAUGAACGCCCCGCUGGCCAUAAAUACUGCUUAUCGCGUCUACCCUUCCGGAGUGGCGGUCCCCGGAAUGGGUUAUGAGCAGUAUUACUGGCCUUCCCCGGAGGAGAAGGCGCAGGAGCCGGUGCACAGUUCGGAGGGGGGUCCUCCUCCAGAAGCUUUAAGCGACGUGGAGGAAAAGGCGUGUCACAAAAACCCAAAUCUUUCUCCAAGGUCCUCCAGUUCUGGAAUAUUAAUUCUUUACACUCCCGACUCUGCCACCAGUCCCAACAGGCAGUCUUCUUCUCCACAGCUGACUUCUACACCCCAGAGAUGCAAGGAGGAAAAUCCAGGAAGCAGGAAAGUCAAAACACGCACAGCUUUCUCUCAAGACCAAUUAGAGAUACUGCACCGCCGAUUUCAGAGCCAAAAGUAUCUCAGUCCACAACAGAUUCAAGAACUGGCUGCAGCCUUGAAACUCACUUAUAAACAGGUAAAAACAUGGUUUCAGAAUCAACGAAUGAAGUUUAAGCGAACUCAGAAAGAAACUCUAUGGAUGAGAAAAGGGAUGUGCCAAACUCAGAAUAGUUACUUGGACAUAAACCCAAACUAUCAUGAAGGUUACAGUAUUGGUGAGGCCAGGAACACCCAUUCACUAGCUGCUGUGCAUGAGAACUAUACCAACAAUCAAAACUAUAGCAGUAACCAAAGUUAUAAUAGUGACCACCACCAGGUCUACAGUAGUCCUCAGAAUUUUUAUCCAAUUGGUGAGGAUGGGAGCUUCUUUGUAAAAGCUGGUGGGGCCUGUUACAGCCCACAAACCAUCAAUUAUAUCAACAACCAAAAGAUGAAUUUUUAUCCUGGCUUCUCUGCAAGCAUGGAGUAUGCCACCAUGAAGAUGGAAGAUGGGUAUACCUUCCCCAAUGCAUCUUCUGCUGCAUUCCCAGGACCCUCUGUCCACCAGCACUAUCAAAGUCCUCUACAAACUCAAGGACCACAGAGCAACUGUAACUCCUAAGCUUCUUCCUUUUGUAGUCUUUUUUUAUUUUGACAAAGUCUCCUGCAACUUCCCACUCCCUCCAGCAAAGGGAUCCUGGCACUUUUCAAAAGCUAGGCUUUUGCAUAGACAACAGUUUGUGUGUGUAUGUAUGUGUGAGAGUGAGUGAUUUUGAACUUGACUUUCAUUAGGUUUCUCCUAGCUGGCACUAGGAAGAGACUGGAUAUGGAAGACAGCUCUCAUUCAGGAAAUGAGAAUUCAGGGAACAUCAGACUUAUUAGCUCUGUGCAUGGCUUGCCUGUAGGCCCCCCACCCCACCCCAGCAUCCCUCAAUGCCAUUUUAUAAGUAAUUUAGCUGGAGUUCAGAUACAAGUGCAGUUGGGAAGAGGCUCUGAUUUGUGAACAUAUUCCUUUAGUGUCCUUAUGCUGAUUUGUUGGAUUUUUCAACAGUGAAUUUUCUUUUACGUGCAAGAUUCACAAAAGAGAUAAUUUAUGAUUUAAUGUUUAUUGUCAGAUAAGUCAAUGUAGCAAUUCUGAGAAAGGGAAAAAAAUGCCUUUCUACUUAUUACCUUCCCAUUUAUCUGUUAAUAACCUGUGCAUUCCCCUUUGCACCACAUCAUAUCAAGAGCAGAGGUUUUGUUUCUCCUUUAAACAAGUAUUAGUUGCUUGUGGAAUUAUCGUAUCUAGCAUCAUUUUCAUUAGAAUGCAAUAGAUACUAUUGCUAGCCAAUUGAAAGAAGUUUCUAUAUUCCAGUUCUUUUGCUAUGCAAAAAUAUUGUAUGAGUGAGUCAUGUGGAAUGAGCAUUUGUUGUAGUUCCGCAAAAGUGUCUUUCUUUCCUAUGAAGCUUUAGUACUUUAGGUUUUAUUUCUGAUUCACUCUACUUAAUUUUCAGUUACAUAAGUUAUCAACAACCAAAAGGCCUAGGAGGAGAUAGAAGAGAAAUCUAUUGCUGGCAACAUAGAUAGGGGGAAGGAAUUUGUGGAAGAACAGUUAUUGAAUUCUUAAAUGUUGCUUUUAAUUGUUGGAAGUUUGUUACAGGUAGAGCUCACAAAACUUUUUUGUUACAGGUAGAGCUCACAAAAUCUGCAACAUUUUACUCUGUUACCACUAGUUUUUCAAUUUAUAUACUGUAAGGGAUUUAUGCUACAGUGUUAUAGUAAAAAGCAUGAAACCUAACUAAUGGGUUCUGUUCUUGAGCUUAUUUGAUUUAUUGUACUUACGGUUGAUUUACUGACUUACGGUUGGAAGGGGCCACUGAAUCUGACACUCUAUUCAAUUCUGGAGUCUAAAUUAAAGCACCCCAGUACAUGGUGUUCAUCACAUAUACAGGGAAGGAAGUCCCACCAUUGCCUAUUUCCACUGUCAAAACUAUUGCUUUUAUUGGCAGUAACAUCAGAGAUUAUCAAUUUCUUGCUCAGUGUGAGCUCUAAAGUAUUCUGGACUGGCAGCUGUCCAACCUCUCUAUGAAGAUUGCCAGUGAAGGGGAAAGUAUCACUACAUAAGGCAACGUUAUAUUCAGCUAAAAUUUGAUUUCAAUUCUGUGUCCUGUACUUCUAAUCACUAAUCCAUUAAAACAUGAUUAUUCUGCAUUUUAAAGUUAAGCGAUAUGCAGAAAUUCAGCAUGUUCCUCAACUUGAAGAACUUUUGUCUGUUUGUGUAAUUGCAGUGGCCACAACUCCAUUCUGUUUUGCCUUUUUAUUGGAUUGACUGGAUUGUAGAAUAAUUGUAUUUAAUGAUUUCUCUAUUGCAUGUCUUAUCAACAUUUUGAAGUGAGGAUUAAAUUACAGAUUGCUCAUUUUGUAAAAAAAAAGGGAUGAUUAUAAAAUGACAACACACACAAAAACAAAUUUUUAAGCAAAGUAAAGCAAAGUGAGACUACUCCCUCCAAGUCUUUAUGAAUGCUAGUCAGUAUAUGAGCGGUACACAAGCUGAUCCCAACAAACAUACAUUCUUCCAGUGGAAUCUUAUAAAAGCCUACUCAGAAGCAAGACAAUAUUGAGGUCACUAUCUUAAAAAAGUAUUAACAUGGGUGUUGAGUGGAGAAAUAUUCUCCCCCACACACACACUUCAUUACUCCAGGAGAACAAACUAGAAAAAAAAUCAGAAGAAAGUUUUGAAUUAUUUUCUAGUCAAAAGUUGCAAGAGGGGACUCUUACUGAUAACGAUGGAACAGACUUAUCCAUUUCUUUAUUACACCAGCACAUUUCACGGUCCAGCCCAGACUAUCUUCUUGUUGGGAGAUAAGAAUGAUUCUUUGGUCCAAAACAUUCCCUUGUCUAAGGAUGAUCCAUGGCAGUGUGGGAAAUGAGAGCACACAGUAGUUGAACUGCACACUGAUUCCACUAUAGGGAAAGAGGAAUUUCAUAGAUAGAAAUGUUCACUGCCUACAUGACAAAAACACUAUUCUAAUAACUUUCUUUACUUUUCUGCAUGUGGUAACAAGUUGCCCACUUUUGUUCCAGCAUUUAUGUUUUCAAUAGUUGACAUAAAAAUAAAGUUGUUCAUUUCCCCAUCAAUCACCAAGUUUUUUCCUGCUUAUUUCCCAUACAUUGGAUUGUUCAGGAUACAAAAACCAUGGAAAGCACAAAAAGUUUUGAUUGCAACUAUCUGGUACCAGUGUACUUAAAUUUUUUUUUUUGAAGUCAAAUAAUCAGGGCCAAAAUACCCAAUAGAUGACCAAUUUAUUUGAUACAAUAUAGAUGUAAUAUAUAAAUAUCUGUACAAACAACCAUCUGGGUGGGUGCAUUCUGUAAUAAAGUUGGUGUUGAUAGAGUGAUUAGUUUCAAAUUAAUCACUUUGGUCUUCUAGUCCAAGCCCAAUAGUACAUUUUAUUUGCCAAAUGAGGCUUUUAAAUACUACAUUCAUCUAGCUCUUGAUACUUCAAUGUAAUCUGACCCUAAUCUGUUUGGCCCAGAUACUUUGCAACUUUCUCAGUGCAAAUGCCCUCAUGGCAUUUUUGAAAGUAAUCAAAUGAUUUUCCUCUACCAAGCUUUUAGCUUUAAUUGGCUGUCACAGGUGUUCAUUUUGGGGGAGAUGCUUAGAGUUCAUAUAUUUUAUACUUGGGCUGUUAUAAUCUGCCCAGAGUUUGGAGUGAGCUGUAAAACCUAUAAGAAAAUUGAUCUAUAUCGUUUUUCCCUCAAUUACUCAAAUCUGCCCUCAGACACUUGACUGGUUCUUUCAGCUGUCUACAACAACUAUAUGGUUAAAAAAAAUAAGUACUGAGUGUGAGCUGGGUGGGCCGCCAUAUAAAUUUUCUAAAUAAAUUUUAUGUAAAUGAAAAAAACAAUAAAAAUCCAAGACACUUCAAAAACUAGAAGUGGAAUUUAAGUCUACCCACUGUGCUAUUUUCUUGCUGUUUUCAGAAAUGAUUGGAGCUUUCAUAUCAUUACACUUUAAAGCCUGUUCAACAAGAUGAGUGCUAUGGUUAAUGCUAGAAUAAAGUUUUAGAUACAAAAUUAUAGCUCUCCAACAAUAUUUUUCCUGAUAUAAGUCAGCUAUUUUCCAUUCUAAAACAGACUGGAAAUCAGACUGAAAUUGAUUUAAUUAAUCAAAAUCAAGGUUACCUGCAACUAAAACUUUAUUCCCUCCUUUCCAAUAUCUGGCUCAAGAACAUGUCAGAUGAAAGACAAUUAUUUGUCCAAGAUUACAGAUCAAAUACUUUCUGAGGAUACCAAGAAUCCUAUUCCAUCUGCAGAAAAACAUACUGUCCUACUUUUAGUACUCAGCAGAUCUAGCACCCCUAGUCAGAAAGGACAAAGAUGUAAAAUACAAUUGAG